AUGGAAUUGAUAAACAGGAGAUUUAAAAGUGUAUCUUAUCAAGGAAUUAAAAAGGGCGAUCCUUCACCUUCUGUUCGAUGGUUUAGAGGCGAUGAGCUUCUGGAUGAUACUUACUACAUCACACCCCAGGGAUUUGCAAGAAACGAGAUUCAUUUGCCAAACCUGAAACGUACAGACCUUCUGACAACACUCACUUGUGAAGUUUUUAACACAAACCUAACAGCUCCUGUAACAAGUACAGUCAGUUUGGAUAUGAAUUUAAGGCCAACGGACGUGAGGAUUACUAGUCCCUAUCAACCCCUGUCAGCGGGCAAGGAGACGGACAUCGUCUGCGUAGCAAGGGGUGCUCGUCCACCAGCCCAGAUCUCCUGGUGGCUUGACGGCGAAAAACUGACAACGAAGAUUACAGAGAGCACUGCGGAAGAAGACAACUUGACAAUCAGUAGCCUGAACAUAAGACCUAGUAUUCAGGACAACUUAAGAAACUUGUCCUGCCGUGGGGACAAUCCUCAGUUGACAGAUAGUGUUUUGGAGGAUACGUGGCUCAUCAGCGUUCAUUACCUUCCUCGUCUGACAGUAAAAAUGAACACACUAGAUGCAGUGAAAGAAGGAAGUGAAGUGAACAUGACAUGCCUAGUUCAUUCCCUUCCACCGGUGACUGAGCUUGAGUGGCUUCAAGACGGUCGACCCCUGGGUCCUCCAGUAGGAGCCAAUUUCCUCAACAGAACACUAUUCAUUCCCUCAGCUGGCCCCCAGCACAAAGGCGAAUAUCAGUGUGCCGGCACAAAUAGUGAAGGAAGAGCUGUCAGUGAUCCGGUUUUGCUACAAGUGCUUUAUUCCCCACGCUGUGAAUCAGUUCGGAGCAGUGUGUAUGGCGUGGGCCGUACAGAAUCCGUGAGUGUGACCUGCGAAGUAGAUGCAUACCCUAAUGUCGUAAACUUUACAUGGGUGCUGGUCAAUGCAGACAAGCACUCUCCAUUACCAACCGCACAGUUUUACAGCAACGGCACCAAAAGUGUAGCUACUGUUUCCCCGAGGGCUCCUCAAGAUUAUGGCGUUCUGCAGUGUUGGGCAACUAAUGUCAUUGGACAGCAAAAGGAUCCUUGCUCAUUUCGUAUAAUACCAGCAGGAGUCCCUGAAGAACCACAAAACUGCCAGGUAACCAACAGAACAUCCGACUGCAUUUAUUUGGACUGCGAAAGUGGAGAAGAUGGCGGGCUACAACAGAUAUUUCAACUAGAAGUUAUGAACACAGACUCCGAUAAAUUCAUAGCGAACUUAACUUCGAGGAGUUCUCCAAAUUUCAUUGUCUGUUCCUUGCCGCCGAAAGAAUCUUUCAUCCUUGUUGUAUAUGCUGUAAAUAGUAAAGGCAGAAGCAAACAGGUGGCUUUACAUUCAAGCACUUUGGCAGGCCCUGCAAAAGAAAAAGAAAUUGGAGAAGAAGCAGAAGUUUUAACAGCUAUUUUUGGGAUCGUUAUUGGUACAAUUCUUGUGUUGGCUCUAAUAAUCGUAAUAAUUCUACUUUCAAUAAAGUUGCGUUCAAGAAGAACAGUUAAAGCCAGAAAUUACAGUCCCGAUGUUGAAAAGUGUGAAGCUCAUCUAAUGAAAGAGUGCAAAGAACCUUGUGUUACAAAUAGUCAAGGACCGGAUAUAAUUCCAGAGAAAAGUUUUUUCCAAGAACGUUCCGAAACAACAGUUAAAACAUGUGAUUCAGAAGACGAUAAUAACCUAUCUACAAUACAGGGAGAUGCUCGGAAAUAUGGGGAAUAUCAGAGCGUUACGUUUACUGAAGACCCUGAACUCAUAUCUAUGAUAUUGACGACAUUUUUUAUAGAAUAA